CAGUUAUUGGAGAGACGGCGACAGCGUUUUGUAAUCAUCGAGUUGAAUGGGUGGGCCGGGCACCGAGCGGGCAACGAGGCACAAGCUGAACGGGGUGCCACACAACGUCGGUCACGGGGAUCAUCUCCUCGUUAUCGGCGAACAACCCGCUGGUGCCUGUCGUUGUUACCAAUCAAAUCAUCAGCCGAACGAUACAGUCACUCUCCAACACAUUUAUCUGAACAUACCGCACAGCAUAACUGGGAGUAUCAGCAGUUUGACACUUGACACUAUCAACAACAAUUAUCAGGAGUACAAGACGUCUAAAGUUGACACGAACGACAGUGCUAAGACGACAAUGUCAUCGCCACCAAAGCACAGACGUGGCUUUGAUCCUAGUGACACCACCGGCAGCGGCGAUUAUCGGCGCUAUCGUCGCGUCAAGACGCGAAAAUGCUUUGUGUGUAAUCACCGUGAUGUUCGAAGAUGGACUUACUUGCUAAUGGGCUUCACUGAUCUCCCCACAACCAUUCAGUCAUGGCACAAGUUUAACACUUUGCUUGCGAUGUUCAAUGUUGGAUCGGCUUAACUGGUUUUUUGAUACAAUAGCAUCGUCAGUGUGUAAUCCAAGCCCCGAUCGAAGCUCAUGUCGGAUGAUGCAAUGUAUCGAGGGUACUUCACGCAACUGCUCCAAGCUUUGCCUAUCUCUCGAUGUUCCACCGAUUCCGCUUCAAGUGUAUUUUCUGGAUAUAAAACACGGGAAUACAGAGAUUCGACAAUUGCAACUGCACUAUUGGUACAAUUAAAACACCUGAUCGUGAAUAUAUUUUUGUAAGAUUGGUUUUAUUGUUUGGAUGAGGGCUGAUGCACUUGUGUAUGUGAAUUGUGGUAC